AUGGCUACGGAAGGGCCAAAGAACCUCUCCUUCAUUCUCGAAGGAGUGAAGAAAGUCUCCUACGAAGACAGACCCAUCCCAACAAUUACAGAUCCCCACUACGUCCGAAUCAACGUUAAAUUUACUGGUAUCUGUGGCAGCGAUGUGCACUAUUGGGAACAUGGCUCCAUUGGUCCAUACAAAGUCACCUCCCCCAUGGUCCUGGGCCAUGAAUCAAGCGGCAUCGUCACCUCCGUUGGUUCCGCCGUCACCACCUUAAAACCCGGAGACCGCGUGGCUCUCGAACCGGGAAUCCCCUGCCGCCACUGCGAACCCUGCCUCAGCGGUAAGUACAAUUUAUGCAUACACAUGGCCUUCGCCGCCACGCCGCCCAUUGACGGUACGCUGGCCAAGUACUACGUCCUACCAGAAGACUUCUGCUAUGAGUUGCCAGAGAAUGUCGGAUUGGAUGAGGGCGCGCUGAUGGAGCCACUUGGUGUUGCUGUGCAUAUUACGAAGCAGGGGCGUGUGAAACCUGGUGAUUCUGUAGUUGUUUUCGGGGUGGGACCUGUGGGGUUGCUGUGCUGUGCUGUUUCCAGAGCGUUUGGUGCCUCGAAGAUCAUCGCUGUUGAUAUCCAGCCGGCACGGUUGGAGUUUGCCGCAAAAUAUGCGGCUACAGGUACCUAUACGCCUGCGAAGGAUGCGAGUGCGGAGCAAAAUGCGGAGGAGUUGCUGGAACAGCAUGGACUAGGACGUGGGGCGGAUGUAGUCAUUGAUGCGUCAGGUGCGGAGGCAUCAGUGAAUACUGGUAUCCACGUUCUAAGAGCGGGUGGAACGUAUGUGCAAGGUGGUAUGGGGAAGGAUGUUAUUUCGUUCCCGAUUAUGGCGGCUUGCACGAAAGAACUGGAUGUUCGGGGCAGUUUUCGGUACGGCAGUGGGGAUUACAAGUUGGCGCUGACGCUUGUGGCGGAGGGGAAAGUGGACGUUAAGUCAUUGGUGACGGAGACGGUGGCAUUUGAGGACGCAGAGAGGGCCCUUGUGGAUGUUAAGGGGGGAAAGGGGAUUAAAACGCUUAUUCGGGGGGUGGAGGGAUGA